AUGAGUGAUACAGAUCAGAAGGAACCCAAGAAGGUUCUUCAUCGUAAGAAACACAAAAACUCAAGACUAGGUUGUCCACAGUGUAAACAAAGAAGAAUCAAGUGUGAUGAGACGUUGCCAUCGUGCAAAAAAUGUUCAACAAGAGCAUUCAGGUGUGGUUAUUUGGAUUAUACCCCUCAAGAGUUGAAUAUAAUAAGGCAAGCUCAUAUGAAUGAUGAUGAAUUGUAUCAACAUGCCAUGGGUCCAAUGACACAGUUAAUCAAUCAACAAAAUAGCUUUAUGCAAAUUCAAAUGCAACCAAAUCAAAUGCAAUCAUUCCCACAACAGCAACAACAAGGUUCGUUGUCUUCAGAUCAACAAAUGACAUACCCACCACCACCACAACAGCAACAAGUACCACAACCUUUUUAUAGACCUGUCAACCCUCCUCAACUGUUCCCACAGCAUCCAGUUUAUUUACCAAAUCAACUAGCUGAAUUUCAAAGACAGCCUAAUCAACUAAGUGACACGCAACAGUAUGAACAAUUGAAUCAAUAUAAUGAUAUACAAGAAGUUCACUCGGGGAGUGAGUAUGGUGGAGGACAAUAUCAACCACUUCCUAUGCAACGAGGACUUGAAGGGCACUCUAGUUCAACUUCAACUUCAGAGCUAUCACACCCAAUACAAAUCAAAUCAAGCAUGGCACCAAUAAUUCAAAUCACUGGUGAACCACCAACUACAGUGGAUAGCUCUACCACUCAGGCGGGGACUUCAUCAAUAUCCUCCUUCUCAUCCAAGAAUUCACCAUUCAAUGGAGAUGAUUUGGAUCGUUCCAACAAUAUGGAACUUUAUACAAAGGAUUUGGGACAUUCACCAUCAAACUCUGUCCAGUCUGGGAAUCCAAAUGAAAUUACAUUAAUACGACACCAAUUGAAUGAACCACAGUUUGAUUUGAGCAAAUUUCCUGAAUUUUUUGAUGAAACUAUUCCUAAUGCAUUUGCUAGAGUGUUUUUAUUAAAAGAGGUGCAUUCAAGAUUACAAUUGGCUACGUCAAGUAAAACAUUAUUUUACGGUAUGUUAUUGCAAGGUGUUGGUAAAUUAUCAGUGACAAUACCUGAAUUAGAGGCUGUUUUCUUGAAAUAUAGAGGGAAGUGUAUGAAUACAAUCAGAAACCAAUUAUCAGAUAUUCAAGAUUCAAAUGCUGAACAAUUGUUGAUUUUAACUAGUGUCUUGAAUAGUUCAUCAAUCUAUAUUGAGAAUAUCACAAUGAAGGAUUUUUUCUCAUUAGCUUCAGGUCCUGCAGCAUUGUUGAAAACUGCAUUUGAAGAUCCUUCGAAAUUUCAGAAAUCUUUUAUCAAAUUGAAGAACCAUGCUGAUGGAUUAUUGUUCACUGCAAGAUCAGUUUGGAAUCCAAGGUAUAAUCAUAGAGGUUUAUUUGAAUUUUUAGAAGUUGUUAAAGAAUUCGGUGCCAAAUAUAUUGAGGAUGAAGAUUUCUAUAAUGAUGAUGAUGUGAUCAAAGUUCAGUAUAAGAAUUUGGUGGACUUUAUUGAAUUUGCAUUGAAUUUCUUGGAAGGUGAAAAAUCAAACAAACAUGUUUUGUUAUAUCCUGUUAAUAAAAUUUAUAAAUUGGUUCAAUUAUGGUAUCAAAAAGUUCCCUCUGAAAUUUACACAUUUGGUUCAGCUACUCCACCAGUUGAAAAAGUGUUCUAUGUUUUUUGGUUUGCACUUGGUGAAAUUAUUGAAGAUAUCCUUGUUGGUGGUCGUUAUAUUUUCACGUUUCUAUUUAAUGGGUUCUAUCUGCUAUUCCCAUUCAAUAAGCACCAUCUGUAUCAAAACUUGGAGGAUGAAGAUUUGAGAAAACAUGCAAAUUAUCUAUGUCGUAUUAUUGCAUUCUUGAAUAGAAGAAAAGCCUACAUCGUGAGAAAUACUAUUUUGAACGAUCCAAUCCCAUCAUUUUUUGAUUCAGUUGAUAGAUUCAAGCCAAGAGCACUGGAUAUUCAUGAACGUUGCAUUACAAGUUUCAAAAACACAAAUAUUAAACCAUAUCACUAUCCUAGUGAAUCAACAACUAGUGGUAACUUGAUAAAUGGUACAAAUUAUUAUAAGACGCAAACUGAUUUUGAAGAUGGGAACUUGGCUGCUCAGCUAUUUAGUGGUCUCAAUACAUCCUUGGAUGCUGAACCUGUCGCAGAAGAAACCAUAGAAGUUGAUCUUUUAGACGUUGAUCCCAAAACAGGUUUAUUGAAUGAUGAUUAUGACCCAAGAUUUAAUGACCCUAUUUUCCAAAGUAAUGUUCUUUUCCAGAGUGCGGACUUGGAUUUCCUAAUUAAGUAUCAUGAGGAUAGAAAACUUAUUAUUCAAUUGGAUAUGGAGGAUUAA